AUGGCAGCACUUCACCUCCUUCUUCCCUCCAUUCCUCAGAAAAAGUUACAAUCUUUAGCUGUAAAUUCACUAACCCAAUUCAAAAUCUCCACAAUUUGCUUCAAUCCCAAAAUCAAAUCACCAAAUCCCCGAAAAAUAAGACCCAGCAAAUCCUCCAUUAAUGACGCCCCCGCCACCUCUGAAAGCCCACCAAAAACAACCCGUAGAGGCCGUAAGAAAUCCACUACAACUACAGAUUCACCUCCCAGAAAAGUAUCGAAACGCCGUCGUAAAGAUACUGAGCUGUCAACGGUAGAAAAUGAUGAGGAGCUUUUGGAUUAUGACGAUGGAAUGGAUAUUCCAUACGAAGACCCUCCUUUAGUGUGUUGUUUUGGGUCAGCCCAGAAGGAGUUUGUACCUACAGUGAGAGUGGCACCUGAGCAAUUGCAUCCUGAUAUAUACUCACAGUGGAAAAUGCUUCAAUGGAAUCCGCCCGAGUUUGUGCGGGCGCCUGGUGGUCCGCCUUCGAAUGUGGCCAUUUCCCAUGUGAGGCUCGGUGGGAGGGCGGCGUUUAUGGGGAAAGUUGGGAGUGAUAAAUUUGGUGAGGAAAUGGUGUUAAUGAUGAACAAGGAGAAGGUGCAGACGAGGUCGGUGAAAUUUGAUGAUAAUGCGAGGACGGGGUGUGCUCAUAUGAAAAUUAAGUUUGAAGGUGGUAAAAUGAGGGCGGAAAAGGUUAAAGAAUCUGCUGAGAACUCCUUGCUUAGCUCUGAGUUGAAUCUUUCUGUGCUUAAAGAGGCUAGAAUUUUUCAUUUUAAUUCUGAAGUUCUAACAUCGCCAUCCAUGCAUUCUACUCUUUUUAAAGCAAUUUCCUGGUCCAAAAAAUUUGGCGGUCUUAUAUUUUUCGACUUGAAUCUUCCACUGCCAUUAUGGAAAUCACGUGAUGAUACGUGGGAAGCGAUUAAGGAAGCAUGGGAACAGGCAGACAUCAUUGAGGUCACAAAGCAAGAAUUGGAAUUCCUUUUAGAUGAAGAAUAUUAUGAGAGGAGAAGAAAUUAUAGGCCUCAAUACUUUGCCGAGAAUUUUGAGGAAACCAAGAAACGAAGAGAUUACUAUCACUACACUCGUGAAGAAAUCACACCGUUGUGGCACGACAGAUUAAAAUUCUUGUUUGUGACGGAUGGAACACUUCGACUUCAUUAUUAUUCACCUUCAUUUGAUGGAGUGGUGGUCGGUACAGAAGACGUACUCAUUACACCAUUCACUUGUGAUAGAACUGGUUCCGGUGAUGCUGUUGUGGCUGCAAUCAUGAGGAAGCUGACUACUCAACCUGAAAUGUUUGAAAAUGAGGAUAUUUUGGUGAGGCAGCUUAGGUUUGCAAUUGCAGCAGGCAUAAUAUCACAGUGGACGAUUGGUGCUGUACGAGGUUUUCCUACAGAAAGUGCUACACAAAAUUUGAAAGAACAGGUCUACGUGCCAUCAAUGUGGUAA